AUGGAUGGUGGAACAGUCAAUGUCGAGGCCGGCGACCUGUUCCCUGGAGAGACCUACUGGCGCGAUAAAUACGAAUGGUUGCACAGCUGCGGGUAUAAGCUUCGAGAUCGCUACAAGCCCGAUUGGGUGCCUUCAUGGAGGGACAAGAGCGACGUGUACUAUCAUGACCAGGAGGACUCAUACCCAAUCCUGGAUACUCGCGCCGCAGACGCCAUCCGUGUUGCCGAUGGAACCCCUGUUGCUCUGAAGCGUAUAUAUCCCGACGUGAAUUCGUAUGAAGAACCUGUUAUCAUCAAGCUCGGUAGUGACCUACUCAACUCUGAUCCUCAUAAUCACUGCGUUCCGAUAUACGAAAUUCUGGAUGUUCCCGGCGAGAAUCACCGGCUCAUAGUCAUGCCGUUGCUUCGCAAAUAUGCGAACCCCGAGUUUGACACCAUUGGUGAAGUAGUAAGCUGCAUUCAACAGAUUUUCGAGGGAUUGCAUUUCAUGCACACCCACCGCAUUGCUCACCGAGAUUGCACCGCCAACAAUAUCAUGCUCGAUCCCAGGGAUAUGUAUCCCGAUGGAUUCCAUCCGGCGAAGCCCUCGAAAGCUAAAGACCUGAAAGGAGCUGCUCAUUACUAUACUCGAACCCAGCGUCCAUCACGGUACUACCUCAUAGAUUUCGGCUUGUCGAUGCUCUUCCCUCCUGAAGGGCCCCGGACCGCCAUCCCUACCAUGGGCGGAGACCGAUCCGUUCCUGAGUUUACCACCGAUUAUGAUGCGAUAUACGAUCCUUUCCCUGUGGACGUAUACUACCUCGGCAACUGGGUCCGGAAGUACAUCAUUGAGAAAUACCAUGGUUUCGACUUCCUAUCAGACCUUAUGAACGAUAUGAUGGUUGUCGACCCGAGCAAACGACCGACGAUGGACGAUGUCAUGGAUCGGCUUGAUAAAAUCGUGAAAUCCACCGGUUCAUGGAGACUGCGCUCACGGGUUGCGGCUCGCGACGAACAUUCAAUCAUGGGCUUGUAUCGCGCUAUAGGACACUGGAAACGGCGUGUGAUCUUCAUUGUUAUGCGCACCCCGGCCAUCCCUACCCCGGCGCCUGGUCCUCCUACAUAUAUGCAACGUAGAGCACCGCCAGAGGGCUCGUCAAGCACGAGGAAAUCAUCUGUGCCAGCAGAACCUGCCUCCGAGACGGAGGCCAGUGCGCAUCCGCCUGUUACCACAUAG